GUUCACUGGGUUGAGCCGGAGUGUGAGAUAAAUCUCUCCGCGUUGGUUUCGGGUCAACAGCACAAAAAUGAGACGAUAUUAUGAGACGCACUCGGCGAGACAUCUUUAAUUACGCGCCAACUUGCCAACAUUAUCUAAAUUCUAAAGUACACCCGAAAAAACUGAUAAACUGUCACUUUUAAAAGUCAGUUUCAAAUUUUUAACUUCACAAUCAAAAUUUCAUGUAUUUUCAUACGUGAAUACUAAAUGAUCUUUCGACUCAUGAUCCUCCUCGCUGCGUAUAUGGUAUUCCGAUGCCAUCCAUCUACACUCCUGAUACUUGGCCUGGUCCUCUUCCUGUUUUGAUUUAUGAUCCGGUGAUCUGCUCCUCUGACUUUCUUCGCACACACAAAGCUGAAAAAUGUCCAAAGCUAGUUUAACAAACGGAGACGCUUCUAAUGUUGCAAAAGAUGAGAUAAUAUUACUUGAUGGAGGAUUUGCAUCACAAUUAAGCUGCCAUGUGAAUGAUCCCAUCGAUGGGCAUGCCCUGUGGAGUUCACGGUUUUUAGCGACAGAUCCAGAAGCUGUUGUGCAAACCCACUUAGAUUUUUUAACCGCUGGUGCUCAAGUAAUUUUAACUAAUACAUAUCAAGCCAGCGUUGGUGGCUUCUCGGAGCAUCUGAACCUCUCCGAAGAAGAUAGUUUGGCUUUGAUAAAGAAAGCGGUUCAAUUAGCAAAUACAGCUUUAACAAGAUAUUUAGCUGAGUUUCCAGAUCAACCUGAAAGAAAACCAGUUAUAGCUGGAUCUAUAGGACCUUACGGAGCGUCUUUACAUGAUGCUUCAGAGUAUAACGGUAGCUACGCAGCCAUAACCUCAACGGGGAAGAUGCGUGAGUGGCAUCUACCACGCAUGCGUGCUUUAAUCGAAGAAGGUGUAACUCUGCUUGCCCUGGAAACAAUACCAUGCCGAGCAGAAGCGGAAAUGUUGGUGGAACUCAUCAAAGAAUUCCCACACGUCAAAGCGUGGCUGACAUUUACAUGCAGAGAAGAUGAGAAAAGUAUAGCUUCCGGUGAGCCUUUCCAAGAAACCGCGCGGAAAUGCUACGAAAUGAAUCCCAAGCAACUAAUAGCAGUGGGUGUCAAUUGUUUAGCACCACGCCUAGUCGAGUGUCUCUUUGAAGGCAUCAAUGACGACCCAAAGAAGCCGAAAAUCCCGCUGAUUGUUUACCCGAACAGCGGAGAGAGCUACAAUGUGGAACAAGGUGAACAUUACAGGUGGAUCAAUCGGGACAAGUGCGAGCCGGUGGAGACGUACGUGCACAAGUGGCUGGACAUGGGCGUGCGCUUCCUGGGCGGUUGCUGUCGCACGUACGCCGCUGACGUGAGUCGCAUCCGCAACGAGAUAGGUAAAUGGGAACGGCUGCAUGGCCGUGUACGGUUGACAUGAUCAACGCAGUUGGGUAAAACAUUCAGUUUCGUAUUUAUUAAUGGAAAACGAUGAAUAAACUUUGUAUAACUGUGCUUCAACGUUUGUCAACAAUGCUGUUGAAAUUAUUAGCAUACUUACUUAUAUUAAAUUAGUCAUUUCUUUUUAAA